CCAAACUAAAACAAAUGAAUUCGUUCGCGGAAUAGAUAAAAUCCAUUAUAUAACACCAACGCCGUUAUCGCUGUUUAUCAGUUAAAAUCAAUCAAAAUUUUGGUUCAGCACGGUCGAAUCAAAACGAAAUUGUUUUCGAAUUAGUUCAUACAUUUGUGCGUAAAAGUGUUCUGUGCUAUAUUGAGAAUCAAUGUACAAACCGAGUACGACACAUAACAAUGGGAACGGUACGCCAUCAGCGCCGGAAUUGAUUGAGAAUCAAAGGGAAGAUUUUGCCGAUGGAAAUCAGCCGGCAUUCAUCAAUCAUGGAUUUCAAGAUGAUGUCAAUCAAAAGUCCUUUUCUGACUCACCUCAGCAGACGGUGAAUACAAGGUUUAUGCCACACCAACCGGACGUAAAUGAUUCAUAUUGUGGUCGGUUGGCGAAAAAUCGUAGACAGGCCAGUUCCGUUUCAGGAGGUCUGUUGCUGAUGAUCAACUCUGGCCUUCAUAUCGGAUGGGGUGUAUGGCGUACUGAUUUUGAAGGACGUUGGAUAUGGACUGUGAAUUUGAGCCUUUUCAUUUUUCUUAUAAUGGCAUGGUCAGUGGGAGCAUUCAUUGGAGGAUUUCUGGGAGCGAUUCUAACGCCAAUAUUGAGAAAGGCUUCAAUUUACCAUUUGUCUGGCGCAAUUAUGAUUGUUGGAAAUGUGUUGAUCAUUACUUUGGAACAAUACGCAGAAGCUGUUAGCGCUGGCCGUAUUGUCAUGGGCUUAGCGCAUGGCAUAGCAUAUGUCACUCUGAUUACUCAUGCCGGAGAGAAUGCAGCGAGGGAUAUGCGUGCAACGAUUUUGUCAAUCGUCAACUGCAUGCUGUACACCGGAAUUUUCGUAUCGGUUGUCAUAGCCGGAACAUAUCGUUUCGAUUUUCAGGGAUUUUCCGGACCAAUGUCGGUUGAUCGAAUUGUUGGACUUGUGGGUGUUGGAUUAGGCCUUGUGUCCAUAUGUCUCACUAUGUUUCUGACAGUCGAAUCGGUUCCAUUUCUAUUGCAUGAGAACAAUCUACAGAACGCGAUGCCAACUUUGAAACGAUUACGCGGUACAAGUCACGAGACAUUAGCGGUGUCACUAGAAAUGGAAGAGCUCACUUUGAUGGUUGCGCAGGACAAACGGGACAAUUGGAAUAUAUUCAUCGACGGCAAUGGACGGCCACUAGUGCUAUUGAUUUUGAUGCGGUUAAUGGUAGCGCUGACCAACAAUUUUUUGAUCAAUAUCGUUGCAUUCGCUUUUGUUACACAAAUGAUUGAUGGACUCGAACACUAUUACGUUCCACUAGUCUACAUCGCUCCCCGAUUGGGAAUGUCAAUUCUACAGAUUUUCUAUGCAGACGUUUUGAAACGAAAAGUCCAGUUGAUCAUUUCGUCCGUAUUGGCGUCCAUCACUUUAAUUGUGAUUGGAAUUGUGUUCAACACGGUCGAGGUUUUUUCAUUCGAUCAACUGCGCGCGUCUCUUAUUGCAUUGGGCAGCUUGUGGUUGAUCUUUCAGUUUUCCUGCAGCAUUGGAAUGGAUCAAAUGCAGGAUGUGUAUUUGUCUGAAGCAUUUUCGACCGCCAAGAAACGAUGGUCGCUGCCAUUUGUUGUUGGCAUUGAGCACAUGUUCCACAUAUUUAUGAUUGGUCUGUACUUCAUCAUUUUCGCUGGGUGUUGCCCUGGUGUUAAUUUCGAUACCGUCGCAACUCCGGUUAUUUUCGCGUCGGCAGGCGUGAUACUGUUCUUCGGAAUUUUGCUAAUCUUUUUGAUGCCCGAAACGCAAAAUUCAUCGCCGAAACAGGCCAGAGACAUGUUUCUGGAAAAUUCAGUUCACUUUACGACACCAUUUGCAUAGCUUCCGUAACGAAACGAAACCAUUUUUUCUUUAUAAAAGCGACAGAGAAAUGAUAACAGAUGGCGUUGCUUCCAUUCCAC